CUUACCAAGCCUACUCCUGCCCGUACAAAAUUUAUAUCUCUGCUCUUCGCUUGCCUGCAUGGCUCUCAAAAGCAAAACUUAAAACGCGUUUUUAUUCUUUAUCUCUCUCACAGCUCAGAGUUACACGGAGCACGACACACACGCAAAAUAUCACCACUCGCGAAAAUAUACAUUUGCAAAAUUCUUCUUCAUUUUGCAAACUUAACUAACAUCUCAUCCUUUAGUUCGGUAUUAAUAACUGUGGUUUUUUUAAGAGGCAACUUCAGGAAAAAAAAUUCCGAAGAAAAAUAAUCACCCAGCUUUUUUUAAAAUUAAAAAUAAGAAGAAGAAUCCUAAUUUUUGAAAUAUUAUCAAAAUAUUUAAGAUACACAUUUAAAACCGGAUUCUACUUAAAUUUACGAGCAAUUACACAAACAACAUCUACAGUAUUUUGGAAAAUAAUAAUAUCAAAAACCUAAUUUAUUUCUGAGCGGAAAAUAAGUUCGACAAAAGUCAAAAAGUAAAUAACAAAAGUUUGCUGAGAAGAAAAAUACACAUUUAUUUUCCAAUUUAUCUCCAAUAAUUUACCUAUCUUCGAAUGGAGAUAAGAUAAUUUAGAUAACCAACUACAAUUAAAAGUGUGAAACUACUAAAUGAAUAAUUAAAUUAAACUAAACUGAGAGAAUCUUCUCCUCAACAAGAAACACCUCAACUUUACCUUAUCGUCAUUCAUCCCUUCUUCUCCUCAUCAUCUUAUUACCUUAUCUUCCUCAAACUUAUCAGUGAACCCAGUCACCUCGUCGUUCCCAAAAUUCAGCAAAAUAGGCAACAUAACCGCCGUCAUGCAAGACAUCCACCCCGACGUGGUGACCGCGGAUCAGUUAGUGAAUGAGAUCCUGCGACGACAAUCACUGUCAAGGUCGUCACCAUCGUCAAACUCGUCGUCCUCUGUCCCCACACCGGCUGACGAUAUGACGGACGGAGGCGGCGAGAUGGAGGGGAGUCGUCGCGGCUCAUCCGCGACCGCGACGGUGGACACGUUCGAGCGCGCCAUGUCCGUGGAAGAAGAGGAAGAACCCGCCUCCUUCGCGGCGACGUCGUCCGAAGUGGUCAUUCUGGAUUGUCAGAAUCCUGUCGAUUUUCAAGAGUGUCAUAUUCGAGGAGCUCUCAACGUCACCUUUCCAGCCAUCAUGAUCCGGCGAAUUGCUGCAGGGAAGAUUGACAUUUUCGAGAAGAGUAAGGAGCUCAAGGCGAAAAUUGCCAAUGCCAAGAUCACUUUCGUCGUGUAUGACGGCUUCCAACAGAAUGUUUCUUGUGGAGGGACCAUUCCAAGUGGGGUCGGGGAUGGAGAAUUGUCCGAAUUGGUGCAUCUCAUUGCGAAAAAAUUGGCACAGAAUGGCUGCCCGGUUGCGACGCUUAAUGGGGGACUUUCAACCUUUCGAGAACAAUACCCCGAAUGGGUGGAGACAUCCGAGAGCAAGAAAAUGUUGGCGGCGUCGGCCAGCUCUUCGUCAGCGGAACCCUCCCCGGAUCCCGCUUAUCGGCCGGGGGAAGUCCCCCUUUUGGGGUUGGGGAGCUUAGCCUCCCUCAAAAUCCAGGAUGACCCGGACGCUUGCGACUCUUGCAUCGGGCUGGACCCCGACGAUGUGAGUCACCUUAGUAAUUAUUACACCGCAUUUCCGGUUGAAAUAAUCCCGAACCUGUAUCUGGGUAAUGCUUCGAUCAGCAAGGAUCAGUCCCUUCUGGAGAAGCACAAUAUCAAGCACAUUCUUAACGUGACGCCCGACCUCCCCAACGUCUUCGAGGGCACCAUACGCUACCUCCAAAUACCAAUCUCGGACCACUUCUCCGACGCGUUCAGAAUGCUCGGCUACUUCAUCCCCGCUAUCCAGUUUAUCGACGAAGGACGUGCCAAAGAAGAAGGCGUUCUGGUCCACUGCUUAGCCGGCAUCUCACGCUCCGUCACGAUUACGAUGGCUUAUCUCAUGUAUAAGAUGAGCCUCUCCCUGAACGAAGCGUACGACAUCGUUCGCGCCAAGAAGGCCAACAUUUCACCAAAUUUCCACUUUAUGGGCCAACUCCUCGAUUUCGAGAGGCAACUUCAUUCCCAAUUCCUCAGCCCACCCGCCCUCGGAUCCAGCCCCGAUUCCGGCAUCGAGUUCGACCGCUGGCAAUCCAAUUGAUGCCAACUGAUGAAGGGUCUCCUUGCCAAAAAGAGACACCACCACCCCGUCCCCUGAAAUCU